AAGCAUUUGGAGGAGAGAAAAGCCGAGAGAAAUGAUUAGAGAGGAAUCCCAGGCAUAUGGCUGGCUUUUGUCGGCUCCCAUCCCCCUCCCUUCUUUUCCUCCUGCCGUCCGCUCCGCAGAAGCAGCAGCAGCAGCAGGACAGAGGUAGUUCAGUUUUUGAAGCCGUGGCAUGAAUGAUCUCAUCUGAACCUGAUCUCCGCUUCCCUGCCGUCGAUCCUAUGACCGAGACGGGAAUAAAAUAACACAAACACGAGGAGUCUUGCCUCAGACUGGCCUAAAAUGGGCAGAAAUGGUGCUGAACAAAAGCUGCUUGUCGCUCGUACAAAAGUACUUGAAGCGUUGCAGCCGGGACCAAGCUGCAUUGCUAUUGCCUGUGCCUCUCAACAGGAAAGAGAGACAACAUGUUCCCGAAGGGCACCAAGCGCAAGUUCUCCGAUUCCGGAGAGGAGUCGGUCUCCGGUGGCGACCAGGCCCCGGUGGCUCCAUCUGUGGCGACUCGGACGCUGACGUCCUCGUACAGCCUGCAGCGGCAGUCGCUGCUUGACAUGUCCCUGAUCAAGUUGCAGCUGUGCCACAUGCUGGUGGAGCCCAACCUGUGCCGUUCGGUGCUCAUCGCCAACACGGUGCGGCAGAUCCAGGAGGAGAUGACCCAGGACGGCACCUGGCAGAUAAUGACCCAGGCCCUGGCCGCCGCCCAGUGUCCCGCAGACCGCCUGGUGGCCACCGAGGUGCUGUGCCGGCAGACAGACCCGGCAGCGCAAGCCGGCCAGAGCCCAAAGCCUUUCUCGGUAGUGGGUCUCGAGGAAGGAUACCACGCGGAGGAGGUGGUGGAGGGAGAAGUGGAAACGGAGGUCACCAUGUCCACUCUAUCGCCCGUCUCCCCCCAGCUGUCCUCUGCCUCUUACCUGGCAGGUCCCUUUGGCAUGGGACCCUGCUGGGAAGAGGAGGAGGACGAGGAUGAGGAGGAAGACGGCGAGUGCGAGGAGGAUGAAGAGGAGGACAGCGAAGAGUGCGUGUCAGAGGGAGAGGAGGGAGACCUGAGCGCAGACUCCAGGACAGGGGAGCAGGUUUUUGGGACUUUUGAGAUCAAGCACCCGCCCCCUGACCCUGCGCUCGAGGAACUGUUUUCAGACGUGGAUCCGUCCUACUAUGACCUCGAUACGGUGCUGACAGGCAUGCAGAGUGCCCCCAAAAUGGGGCCUUACGAUCUGCUGGAGAGCCUUUCCUCUCACGGGCCAACGGCCCUCAGCUCCAGCUCGAGCUGCAGGUCAGACCUCAACGAACUGGACCACAUCAUGGAGAUCAUAGUAGGGUCUUGAAACUCAGAACAUUCCUCUGUACUGAUCCCUCAGACUCUUUCCAGACUAUGCACAGUACACAUGUGCAUGUUCUGUACGUGGUAUUGUUACACAUGGAGAUUGUUAGGGGUUUUGGAACAAGGUGGGAAAUUAACAGCAAGCCAAGUAGAUUACGGGAUGGGCUGUUAGAGGUGUAGUUAGUCUGCUCUAACGGCCUCUUAGGCACGUCGGCGGCUGCUGUUGGGUCCUUCAGCGGUUAUCUAAUAAAACAAAAAUAACUAAGUCAGUUAAAGUAGUGACGAUGAAAUGAAUGAAUUUUGGGAUUCACAAGCCACGCCGGCCUGUGGGCGAAGCAGUUAGUUUCCUACUUUGUAAAUGAAAUCCAAAACUUGGCAAUAUCUGUGGGAGGGCAAAGAUAAUUACCUAUACCAUGAUGCAUUCUAAUUUACGUACUUUCCAUGUUUACGUCUGUCAUACAUUCUCUCAUACUAGCCCCUUCCGGUCGUAUUCUUGUCCAUUUCUAUUUAUUGUAACAUGGACUGAGGAACAAUUCAUCACACUACAUGCAUCAGAAAACAGAACAAAUUGUAAAUCCAAAUCUAUGAAUCAAUGCAUAUUUUCCUAAAGAUUUGAGCAAUUAUGAAUGGAAUAUAUGUAUAUGUACGUAUGUGUAUAUAGAAAUAUAUUUUUUUGCAUUAUACAGCUGGAGGAUUUUGCAAGUAUCAUUUGAUUUAUUUUAAAUUUUUUUCCCUCCCAAGCGGUUUUUAAGAUUUUAAUGUAGCCAGACUCGAGACAGUGUCUUCCCAUGGUUUUGGUAUAACAAGUCGACUGUAACCGGUGUCAGGACUGGCACCGUCACACUUUAAAGGCGCUGUUCUUUCAUUUUUUUUCAAAAGCUUUACGCCGUGCAGGGAAACUACUGCCAGCCGCCAAGGGCUGGUUAAGAUUUGACUGUUUCUGGUAAGUUUACAGUAGCCAGUGGACAAAUGUAAGUAUGUUUCCUGCCCUGCUUUACAUACAGAUCUAAUAACAAUAAUAACAGCAUUUUCCUGAAGUAUUUGGAGGAAACCCGGGGUGAUAACUGCAUCAAGAAGCCAUAUUUCUUUCUCUCAUUUGUAACAUCUACAAAUGAAGAGUUCUGUGUGUUAACCCAAUCUAAUUUAUUGUUUUAUUUAUUGUAUUUAUUAUAUCUAGGUACAUGUAUGCCAUGUUGACCUAUCAAAUCAACCACAAGGCCCAAUUAAAUAUUUAUCCAAAUUUUGCCCUCAGUUUUGAAUGCAGUACCUAUUUAUUCCUCACACUUAUUAUUGUUAUUAGUAAUAAUAAUAACCGGGUUACUAUUCAGAUCACUAUGCAGCUCUGUCAUACACGUUUUCAAAAUGAUUGUAUACGACUCAAAUGUCCUUUAAUUCCUUUUAUGCAAACAGUUGCCUUUCUCCUAAAGAUGUGGAAAAUCAAAUGCAUUUUUCAAAAUUGUUCCUUGUCAUCAUGAUGAAGAGAUUUAACUCAGGCAGACAAAAUGUAUUGACAAAAAUACAGUAUUACGACACGCUUAAUACCUUACCACAACACUCCUGAAGGAUGUCCCUCUGGUCUUAAUGGGAGCUAGAACUUCAAAGACUAAUUACCGUUGUAAAAUGUAUGCAUUUUUAUAU